UAUAAAUUAUAACAUAUGUUCUGAUAUUCACACCUCUUUAGAAUUUAAGAAAGGUAGUUAGAUUAAAGAGAAAAACUAUAAUAUACAGCAAACUUCCACUAGAGGCCACCACUAUUUCUUAUCUUAUCAAUGAUACAUACAAAUCAGCUUACAUAGUGAAAGAUCAUUGAAAAAAAGAGCAUUACCAACCAUGGGAUUACCAAAGGGAGAUCAGUUACUUAUGAAAUUACCAAGAUGCCCACCAACUGCGCCGCCACCGCCGCCUCGGAGAAGGUGGAGUAGCUAUACAAAGAGAGAGAUUGAGAGGUUUUGGAGGAAGAAGAGAUUUGAAGAAGAAGAACAUUUUCUUGCGGCUAUCAAAGCUGCUGCUCGUCUUAGAGCUACUAGUCAUUUCUCUGAUGAGGACUAUAUGAUAUUUUUACAAAGCUUGGAGGAAAUUAAAACCAAAGAAGAGGAAGUUCACUCUAUUUGUCUCAAGAAGAAUUGUGGAAACAAUGAAGAGAUUCGUGUGGGAAUCAAGGAUUGGUGGACAAAGAGCAAAUACGCAUACUUGAACCAACCAUCGGUUCCAAGCGCAAGUUGUCCAAUCAGAAGAUCAAACAAUAAGCCUGAAAGCAUUUGGUUCUACAACAAGCCUUCUUCAAUCUCUAAUGGAUUACCUAAAUCUUUUUAUUUUGGGGUUUGCUGAAUUGCAGCAUUAACCUUCAAUUUCUAAUGCACCAAUACUAUUCCUCCUUAUACUACUCGGUAGUCGGUCGAUCCCUUUGAGAUUGUCAGUAACAGAGAUACUUCUCUUCACAACAUAUUACCAUCGGUUGUAAUUUUAAAAGAACGAAAGAUUAAUUAUUAAUUCGAAUUCUUACGCUUUCUUUGAAGUAAUAAUAGAAGGAAAGAACUAAAGCAUUAUGAAAUUUGGUGUGUGCUUAUUAUGAUCGUA